GUCUGAUACGACUUACAGUUGCGGUUACAUAUACCGGCGGCCUUGGCUCUUAGCCUCUCAUGCUUGUAACCGAAACCUCCACGGCCCCUUUCCCUACGAAGAUACGACCUCGUUGUAUAAAGUGCCAUAGGGUUCUAUGCAUAGCUCUGGGUAAAAAUGUGCGGGCAUUUCUCGGCCAACUUCCCCGAGUGGUUUGCACCAGCAGACCAUGCUAGUCUCGUAAUCGAUACUCAAGUGAUAACUCUCACCGCACUCUCCUAGUCGAACGAGCACCACUGACCGCGUCGAAAAUGCCCUUCCGCAUCCUCGUCGGCUCGUACACGAACGAGAUCUACACCGUCUCAUUCGACCCGGACGCCGCGAAGCUCACGCUCGAGUCCACGCUCACGGUCGGGCACCACCCGUCCUGGUUAACCCCGCACCCGACGGACCCCUCACUCGUCUUCACGGGGCUGGAGAAGGACGGUGGUAAGGCGGUCGUGGUCAGGUACGACGCGGAGGGCAAGGGCACUGUCGUGGGCGAGGCACCGAGCGGCGGCUCCGAUCCUUGUACCCUGCUCGCGCUGGGGACAGAGCUCUUCAUCGGCAACUAUUCGUCGGGCACGUUCACUGUUAUCCCCCUCACCUACGAACCGCCGCACCUCCAAGCGUCCGAGACCAUCAUCCUGCAGUUCGAGGGGACGGGCCCGAACAAGGAGCGGCAAGAGGCGUCGCACCCCCACCAGAUCUACUCUCACCCGACGCGUGCGGAACUUCUCAUCCCCGACCUCGGCGCGGACCUCGCGCGACGCUUCAAGAAGGAUGCGAGCGGGAAGUGGGUGCCGAACGGCGAGGUGAAGUACCAGGCAGGGGGAGGCCCGCGGCACGUCGUUGUAUAUAACGAUAUCCUCUACACCGUGCACGAGCUCACCAACGAGCUCAGCGCACACCGCUUGCCACCCGCCCCGGAGGAGCCCUCACAUAUCGCCACGGUCUCCACCCUGCCGCUAGCAGGCACGUCGUCCGAAGCAGCGUCGUCGAUGUUCGCGGCGGAGAUCCUGCUGCCCGCGCCGAACGCAUCGUACCCCACGCCGUACAUCUACGUCUCCAACCGGGAGGACCCGUCCCCGGGGAACGACACCAUCGCCAUCUUCUCGACUGUGGACUCGGAUGGCGGGCCCAAGAUGGUCGCGGAGGUGCGCUCGGGGCUGAAGCACCUGAGGGGGAUGGUGUUUGGGGGCCCGGACGACAAGUGGCUGAUUGCGGGCGGUGUGUAUGGAGGCGGCGUCAAGGUGUUCGAGAGGGUGGAUGGCGGAAAGGGUCUCAGGGAGGUUGCGUCCCUUGAGCUAGAGGCUCCGACCGGCUUCCUGUGGAUCUAAGUGCAGAAGUCGCUUUGUGGAAUCGAUGUAAGUAAGUACAGUGUAUAAGAAUUUAAAUCAGUACCCAGUAAGUUAGUACCGGCUUACCCUGGGCUUACCCCA